AUCCUAGCACCGCGCUCUGCCGUCCACCACGUCGCACGGAUCUGCUUCGUUCGCUUCCUGUUGCUCACUUCUGCUCUGCCACGUCCGCUCCGUCGCGUUCUCAUCUGCUUCGCCGCGUCCGCCUCUUCUCUGCGGCGUCCUUCUCUUCUCCGACGCGUUCAAUGCUGUAAAGAGAGAACUAUGAUUUGGAUCUGAAAUUCCUGUGUUGACUAAAAGUUGCUAAUGGAUCAGGGGAGGAAAAACAUACACACAACAUAUCUGAAAAAUUUUGUCGUUCAAAUGAUUACAUUAUUUUCAAGGUUUUACAAUAUGAUGAUAACUGGCAUAAGGAAUGGUUAGAACAUUGUAGCUGGUGCAGCAAAGAAAUAAGUGAAGGAGAUCAGAUUUCUUCAAGAAAAGAUGGGCAUUUUCCUCCAACAUCUUAAAGAUCAUCUUUUGAUUUACUUGACAAUGAUAUUGAUGAGUUAAGUAAAUGCAAAUUGAAGAGAAGAGACAUGUCAGAAAUGGCAAGCAAGCUGCACCUGAAGAAGGAGCUUACCCAAAUUCGGAAAGCAGCUCGUGUCUUGAGGGAUCCUGGCACCACUUCAUCAUGGAAGUCACCACUCAACUCCUCAAGAUCUGCAUCUGUAUCUGCAUGGAAUUCUGCCUUCAACAACGUCCAUGGCCCCACCACAACCACAAAGUUCACUUCCCAUUCUCAACUUGACUCUCACGUGAACUCUGUGCCACCUACCACCAACAAGAGGGUCUUCUUGUACAAUUGGAAGACCCAUAAAUCUUCCAGCGACAAGAAUGACCGAGACCAAGACGAAGAAGAGGAAGAAGAUGCUGCCAUUGAUGGAUCUUCUUCUCUUCUAGGCAGUUUCGAGGACACGUUGAGUGAUGCUCACAAUGUCUGCGAUUCUAAGAGCGACACAUACUUAGGCGCCGGAGGAGGUGGCCCUCGGUCUUCUUCCAUCUUUCGAUGUGGAGACACCAAUCUUAUCUCCUUGGCCACACCCUCUGCCAGAAGAACAGCGCCUCCUAAGAAAAAGAGUAAAAAACCUAAUAGCAACACCCUUUCCCAUUUGGAUCCCAUGGCAAAGUUUCAGCAUAGAGAUACAAAUCUCAAUCUAGGUAGAAAAGUUUUCAAGUCCAAUAAUGCAUUGUUGGAGGGGCUUCCUCCCAUGCCCUUUACCAGGGAUGACUCUAUGGACCACUCUGAUGACACUGAAGACUACUCUAAUUCUGAAGAUGUGAGACAGGCUUCGGGUUCUGCCACAUCCCCUUUGCUCCUCAAACUCAAGCGCAAGAAUUGGUCUCGAUCUUCCUCAAAGUUAUUGCGAACAAGCCGAAAGGAAGACUCCUCUUAUUCCUACAGUACUCCUGCAUUGUCAACCAGUUCUUACAAUAGGUAUGGACGCCAAUAUCCCAGCACUGUUGGCUCUUGGGAUGGUACCACAACCUCAAUGAACGAUGGCGACGAUGAGAUAGAUGAUCGGUUGGAUUUGCCUGGCCGACAAGGAUGUGGAAUUCCUUGCUAUUGGUCAAAGAGGACUCCCAAACAUAGAGGGAUGUGUGGGAGUUGUUAUUCUCCAUCGUUGUCGGAUACUUUAAGGAGGAAAGGAAGCAGCAUACUCUGUGGUGGUCAAACUAUUUAUCCCAGACACCGGAGAUCCUCUUCGGCCACCCACAAGCGCAGGAUGUCUUGGAAGAGUGCUCAGGGUGUUAUUCCAUUGCUCACUAAUGGUGGUGAUGGUAGGAUAGGGUCAUCUAUAGGAACUGGCAGGAGUGACGAUGAACUUUCUACAAACUUUGGGGAGCUGGACCUUGAGGGCUUGAGUAGAUUGGAUGGAAGGCGGUGGUCAUCAAGCUGUAGGAGUCAAGAGGGAUUGGAGAUUAUAGCUCUCAAUGGGGAAGGGGUGGAGGAGGAAGACACUCCAGAAAAUAGUCGGAGUUUCAGUCAGAAGUAUAGGCCUAUAUUCUUCAGUGAAUUGAUUGGGCAGAAUAUCGUGGUACAGUCACUUAUGAAUGCUGUUUCAAGGGGUCGAAUAGCUCCUGUUUAUCUUUUUCAAGGUCCCCGUGGGACUGGUAAAACAUCAACAGCACGAAUAUUUGCUGCUGCACUGAAUUGUGUGGCUCUUGAUGAGAGUAAGCCUUGUGGCUACUGCAGGGAAUGUACAGAUUUUAUUUCUGGCAAGAGCAGUGAUCUACUGGAAGUUGAUGGAACCAAUAAAAAGGGAAUUGAUAAAGCUAGAUAUUUACUGAAAAGAUUGUCAGUUGGUUCAUCAUCCGCUUCCACACGAUAUACAGUUUUUGUCAUUGAUGAGUGUCACCUGUUACCAUCCAAGGCAUGGCUGGGGUUUCUUAAAUUUCUCGAGGAACCACCUCAGCGAGUUGUAUUCAUAUUCAUCACAUCUGAUCUUGACAAUGUGCCUCGAACAAUACAAUCCCGAUGCCAGAAGUACCUUUUUAACAAAAUUAAAGAUGUGGAUAUUGUGAAUAGAUUGAGGAAAAUAUCUGCUCAGGAGAACCUUGAUGUUGAAGAAGAUGCUUUGGACCUCAUUGCUACAAAUGCAGAUGGUUCACUUCGAGAUGCAGAAACAAUGUUGGAACAGCUUAGUUUGCUGGGAAAGAGAAUUAGUACUUCUCUUGUCAACGAACUUGUGGGAGUUGUUUCAGAUGAAAAACUAUUGGAACUUUUGGAAUUAGCAAUGUCAUCGAACACUGCAGAGACAGUGAAAAGAGCCAGAGAAUUGAUGGACUCUGGAGUUGAUCCAAUGGUUUUGAUGUCUCAACUAGCUGGCCUCAUUAUGGACAUCAUUGCUGGAUCAUACACAGUCAUUGAUUCCAAACCGGAUGAAGCAUUCUUUGGUGGACGAAGCUUGAAUGACUCGGAGUUGGAGAGGUUAAAGCAUUCUUUAAAGCUUCUCUCAGAGGCCGAGAAACAGUUAAGGACUUCCAGUGAACGCUCAACAUGGUUCACAGCAACACUCUUGCAACUUGGUUCUAUGUCAUCUCCAGAUCUCACUCAGUCAGGCAGCAGCAGGAGGCAGAGCUGCAAAACAACUGAUGAUGAUCCAUCAAGUGCUUCAAGAGAAGUUACUGCUUCCAAGCAUAUGUCUGACCUUAAAUAUAUGCCCUGGAAAUCAAUAUCACCUACAUCCCAGCAGAAAGCAGUAAAUGGCAAUUCUGGCCAUCAAAGGGAUAUUUCCUCAAACAUUGAUGGUUUAAGCUUGAAAUCAAAGCCAUCAAAUAGCCCAGUCAUAGAUGAUGGCUCCACAAUUGUCUCAUCUGAUGAUAUUAUGGUUGGCAAUAUGAUGUACAGAUGCGUAGAUUCUGGAAAGUUACAUGAUAUCUGGGCACAGUGUAUUGGGAGGUGUCACUCAAAGACAUUGAGGCAGUUGCUACUCAAUCAUGGAAAGCUUGUAUCCAUAUGUGAAGUUGAAGGUGUUUUGGUAGCAUAUGUUGCAUUUGGGGAUGGAGAUAUUAAACUCAGGGCAGACAGGUUUUCGAGAAGUAUUACAAACUCCAUGGAGAUGGUUCUUAGACGCAAUGUAGAUGUCAGAAUUAUCCACUUGCCAGAUGGUGUAGGUGAAACUCAGGUUAAUAUGCCAAGACAGGCUGAGUCAGCAUUGACAAGUGAGAAGGAACAAAGAGGAGGUCGCGGGAAUGGAACAGAUCCUUUGCUUGAUGGAAACCUUCAAUCUGCAGCCGAUUCCUCUGAUGUUCUGGGUGAAAGAAAUGGUGUGACGGAGAGAAGGCAAGAUAAUCCAAUGCAGAGAAUUGAAUCCAUCAUUCGUGAGCAGAGGCUGGAAACUGCCUGGUUACAAGCUGUAGAAAAGGGUUCACCAGGAUCAUUGAGUCGCUUGAGACCUGAGAAGAAUCAGGUCCUGCCACAGGAAGGUAUCUAUUGCAUAGAUCCAAUGGAGUCCACGGAUUCAGCAAGAUUUUCCUCACAGCAGCAUUGGGAAGAUGAGCAGAGUAAUGAUGUCAAAAUUUUGAACGUAAAAAAUGGAAGGGUCUUGCAGAAAGACCAAACUGGUAGAAGGUAUCCCAUGUCCCCAAGUUUACUGCAUGACAGCAGUUUAGCAGCAAGUUCUGGCAAAGACAAUCCGGGAUAUGAAUCGAGCUCGGGAGCUGGUGGUUGUGGAUUUUUAUGCUGGAACAAGGCAAAGCCUAGAAGGGUAGUCAAGGUACGAGGUGGUACUCCUGUUGGUGCGCGGAAAGUCGGGCGCUUCCCACUGUUUGGGGACUGUGGUAAGCACAAGAAAAGGGACGUGACCACAUAAAAAGUUAAAAACCAUAUUUUUCCGCUGUUGCUUCUGCUCUGCAUCUAUACCAUUCAUAUACUUCCUCAUUUUUUUUCUUUCGUCCCUUCUCUUUUUUGUCUGCUUUCUCGAGCGAUUCUUCAAGGAUGUGAGUGAGAAAUGAGUGGGUAUGUAUCAUUUGUGGUUAGGAAAUUUCAACUUGUGUGUUCCAUUUUCUCCAUCCUUUAUUUAAGGAAUUAAAUUAAUAAAGAGGAUCAAGCAAACCAUUUUACUUUCUUGAAAA